AUGGCGCCCCUGUCCUUUCGACGCCCUCUCCGGCCCCUGCUGGUCCUCUUCCUCCUCUCCCUCAUCAUCUACUACCAAACCCGUUCCACGGUAUCCAAACGAGAAUUCCUCCGCGCGAGCCAGUCCGCCGCGUCCAAAGUGUUCCCCCACAACAUCGUGCCCCCACCGAAACCGAAACCGAGGAACAUGAAAUGGAAGGCGCCCCCUUUCCAACCACUCGAACCCGACUUUUACACGACCUCGGAGCACGAUGGGAGUGGGGUGGUAGCGGGUCAAGCCGUUUAUUGGAGGAGGAUCGUCGCUGUGGGGGAUGUGCAUGGCGACUUGCCUCAUCUGACGUGCGUCUCUCGGGGAAGAGACAGAUGAUCCUCGACUGACCCCGGACAGUUCGCUCAUCUCCCCCAGUCGUAUCCUGCGCCAUCUCAACCUCCUCUCGCUCAAGAACGAAUGGAUAGGCGGUCGUACGAUCCUCGUUCAGACGGGGGACAUUGUCGAUCGAGGCAAGGACACGAUCGCGCUCUAUCGCUUCUUUGACAUACUUCGUCCUCAAGCCGAACGCGCCGGGGGUGCGCUCGUCAAUUUGUUGGGCAAUCACGAGUUGAUGAAUGCGAUGCAUGAUUGGAGAUACGUUACGCCAGAGGUACGGCUCCCAAGGCACCCACUGCGGCUUCACGUGUCGCCGGAGCAAUCUGGCUAAUUCAACCUUUGACUCUGAUCAGGACAUUGCAAGUUUCGGAGGCGAACGAGCUCGCAUGGAAGCCAUGACGACAGGUUGGAUCGGCAAGACCUGGCGAGCGAACUACAGCAUCAUCGCUCGCGUCCCUCUAGCACCCUAUGGCCUCCCCGUCCCUCCCUCACUUUCGAUCGAAUACGCUCCUCCGAUAAAUGGGAUCCCGACCUCGCUGAAAUACGUCCAGGACCCACCUCUACCUCCAUUGAGGGGGGAAGGACAACAAGAUCCUUUCUCCCAUGCCGCGAUCGCUUUCGUGCAUGGCGGUACGAUCCCCGAAUACUUGAGGAGCUUAUUCCUUGACCCUGGACAAACACUCGUGACCAAGAUCAACGAGAUCGGUUCCUCAAUCCUCGAAUCGCUCGUGAACGACUCCAUCUCCCCGCUCCAAUUGCCCCCCAAGUCAACGGACGAACAAAGGCUGUUUUGGAGUGAGAAGGGACCGAUGUGGAAUAGGGAGUAUGCUUUGCACGAGGACGAGGACGAGAUUUGUGAGAGGGCGAAGAGGGCGUGCGAUAUGUUGGGGGUGCGGAGGAUGGUGAUGGGUCAUACGCCGGAUUUUGAUCAGGUUCGAGAGAGGUGUGGGGGAAGGAUUUUGUUGAUUGAUACGGGUGAGUUCUAUUCGGAUAAAGGCGGUUGAUGAUGUAGGCACAGGCGCUAAAUGUUCAUCCCGUACGUGCAGGCAUUUCCCGAGCCUACGGAGGUUCGCUCUCGGCCCUCGAGAUCAUCACGACCUACACCCCUCAAAGCCCCUUCCCAGCGCCAUUCAUACCAGGGCCGCAAGACGAACCGAUCACCUUGGAUACGCCGAGGGGGGUUCCGGACGGUCCGAUGAGUUGGUUGGAGAAGGAAGUUGUGAAAGCGAUUUAUGUAGGGGAGCGGGGGAGGGAUCAGGUGGUGUUGGCGGAGGAGGAGCGCUAUGUUGAAUUACCUGGGAUAUGA